UCCACUAUAAAAGGAUGGAGGAGAGAAAAAAGGUCCGUCCAUAAAAGCACACAGCACCGACAGUACAAUAUCGCUCCGAGAAGAGGUGUUUUCUUUUCUCUUCUUAACAGGAAUUACAGUACACUAAACAAGGAAUAAUCAUUUUGGAGUUAAAAGAAGCGUAACAUAGAGGAGGCCAGGACGGUGUAGAUCCCCGGCAAGAUGACUGUCUCCACACAGUUAGGGUUACUGUUGUGGAAGAACUUCACUUGCAGACGGAGACAAACUAUUCAGCUGCUGAUCGAGAUAAUAUGGCCUCUCUUCAUCUUUUUUAUCCUGAUAUCUGUCAGAUUUCACUAUCCUCCGCAUGAGCAACAUGAAUGUCACUUUCCCAAUAAGGCCAUGCCCUCUGCGGGAACGUUACCCUGGGUGCAGGGCAUCAUAUGCAAUGCCAACAACCCUUGCUUUCGCUACCCCACUCCGGGAGAGAGUCCAGGGGUGGUGGGCAACUUCAACGACUCCAUUAUCUCCCGAUUGUUCAUCGACGCCAAGAAGAUUCUCCUCUACAGUCAACAUGACAAGAGCUUUGAAGGUUUUAAAGUACUAGUUCGAGCAUUGAGAAAGCUACAGCAAAACACUGAAGGUUUCAAGCUCAAGGACUUCUUGCGUGAUAAUGAAACGUUGUCUGCGUUUCUGGAGAGGAACGCCUCUCUGCCCGAGCAUGCUGUGAGAGAGAUAGUGGAGGCCAACGUCAACUUGGAGAAGGUGCUCAUUGGUGGUUUUGGAGUUCACCUGAGAGAUCUGUGCAAUUCCACAUCUCUGGAGGAUUUCGUGACCAUCGCCGAUAAAAACGUUUCCCAGCUGACACAAAACAUCAUCUGCCAAUCGUCUACUGAAUGGCUGAACAAUGCAGAAAGCCACUUCCUCUCCAACCUCGAUUUCCUGAAGCCAAUACGGAAAGAUGUUAAAUCUGACCCGAAGAUUAUCCAAGAUGUGUCCACGGCGACCGAUAGCCUGCUGGAGAGCCUGGGAGCAUUAGCAGUGGAGCUUGCGAGUAUGAAGAGCUGGCGAGACAUGCGGACAGAGAUCCUCUACCUGACGGGAAACAGCAUGCAAUCCCCCAACCACAUGUACCAGGCCGUGUCCCGCAUCGUCUGCGGCCACCCGGAGGGAGGCGGUCUCAAGAUCAAGUCCCUUAACUGGUACGAGGAUAACAACUACAAAGCACUGUUCGGCACCCACGGCAAUGACAGCGACGAAGAGUCUGCGUCUGUUUACGACAACUCCUCCACGCCCUAUUGUAACAGCUUGAUGAGUUUGGAGUCCAGUCCCAUUUCUCGUAUGAUCUGGAGGGCUUUAAAACCACUGCUCAUGGGGAAGAUCUUGUACACGCCAGAUACACCCGCCACCCAAAGGAUCAUACAUGAGGUCAACAAAACAUUUCAAGAGCUCGGUGUGCUCAGAGAUCUCGGGGGCAUGUGGGAGGAGAUGAGACCAAAAAUCUGGAACUUCAUGGAGCACAGCGAGGAAAUGGACCUGGUUAGGACGCUGCUACAGAACAACGCUAGCGCUCGUUUCUUCAACGCCAAGCUGACCGGGACAGAAUGGCGCGUGGAGGACGUGUCCAGCUUUCUGUCUAAGGCCUCCGAGGACACACGUCCCAAUGGAACGGCAUACACGUGGCGAGAGGUUUUCAACGAGACCGAUCAGGCCAUACAAACCAUCUCUCGAUUUAUGGAGUGUGUGAAUCUGGAUAAGUUGGAGCCGGUGGCCAAUGAGGAACGCUUAGUAAACAAGUCCAUGCGUCUGCUGGAUGACCGUAAAUUCUGGGCCGGGAUCGUGUUUCCUGACAUGCAGAAGAACACAUCUGAACUGCCACUCAACAUCAACUAUAAGAUACGAAUGGACAUUGAUAACGUGGAACGCACCAACAAGAUUAAGGAUGGAUACUGGGACCCUGGUCCUCGAGCAGACCCGUUUGAAGAUCUGCGCUAUAUCUGGGGUGGAUUCUCUUACCUGCAGGAUGUUAUUGAGCAUGGAAUCAUACGAGCGCUGACGGGCAGCAAAGAGAAAACUGGAGUUUAUAUUCAACAGAUGCCUUAUCCCUGCUAUGUGGAUGACAUGUUUCUGCAGGUCAUGAGUCGCUCCAUGCCUCUUUUCAUGACACUAGCCUGGAUGUACUCGGUGGCGAUCAUCAUCAAAGGUAUUGUGUAUGAGAAGGAGGCGCGUCUGAAGGAGACCAUGAGGAUUAUGGGUCUGGAUAAUGGAAUCUUGUGGCUGAGCUGGUUCAUCAGUAGCUUGAUACCAUUGCUCAUCAGCGCCGCCCUACUGGUGCUCAUACUGAAGAUGGGGAAUCUACUGCCUUACAGUGACCCCGGGGUCGUGUACUUGUUCCUGACCUCCUUCGCCGUGGUGACCAUCAUGCAGUGUUUCCUAAUCAGCACGCUUUUCUCACGCGCUAACCUUGCUGCUGCCUGCGGGGGCAUCAUAUACUUCACCCUCUACCUGCCCUAUGUUCUGUGUGUGGCCUGGCAGGAUUACGUGGGCUUUGGGGCCAAAGUGGUUGUGAGUCUGCUGUCCCCCGUGGCUUUUGGCUAUGGGUGCGAGUACUUCGCUCUGUUUGAGGAACAGGGUGUGGGCAUACAGUGGAGUAACCUGCUCUCCAGCCCUCUGGAGGAAGACAAUUACAGUCUCACCACAUCAAUCUCUCUCAUGCUAUUUGAUGCGGUGCUGUACGGCAUUAUGACCUGGUACAUCGAAGCUGUGUUCCCGGGCCAGUACGGCAUCCCACGUCCAUGGUACUUCCCGUUCACCAAGUCCUACUGGUGUGGAGAGAAAUGUGGCGGGAUGACAUCAGUGUCUACCAACAAGAAAGAAAAUGCUGAAGCCAUUUGCAUGGAAGAAGAACCAGCCCACUUGUCCCCUGGUGUUUACAUCGAGAACCUGGUGAAGGUCUACAAUAACGGGAAACUGGCAGUGGAUGAUUUGAGUCUAGGCUUUUAUGAAGGCCAGAUCACCUCCUUCCUGGGUCACAACGGUGCUGGGAAAACCACAACCAUGUCUAUUCUCACCGGCCUGUUCCCACCCACCUCGGGCACAGCUUACAUCAUGGGCAAAGACAUCCGCACGGAUCUGAGCACUAUACGUCAAAACCUGGGCGUGUGUCCGCAGCAUAACGUCUUAUUUAGCAUGCUCACCGUUGAGGAACACAUCUGGUUCUACGCACGUCUGAAGGGUUUGUCUGAGGAGAAAGUGAAAUCCGAGAUGAAGCAGAUUGUGAUGGACCUCGGCCUGCCCCAUAAACGCAAAUCUCGCACCAGUCAGCUCUCAGGAGGUAUGCAGAGGAAGCUAUCUGUCGCUCUGGCGUUUGUCGGAGGAUCAAAGGUCGUGAUUCUGGAUGAACCCACCGCGGGAGUCGAUCCAUAUUCCCGUCGAGGCAUCUGGGACCUACUGUUGAAAUAUCGUCAAGGUCGCACGAUCAUCCUCUCUACCCAUCACAUGGAUGAAGCCGAUAUCCUGGGUGAUCGCAUUGCCAUCAUCUCCCAUGGGAAGCUCUGCUGUGUGGGUUCCUCGCUGUUCCUCAAAACCCAGCUGGGAACGGGAUACUACCUUACGCUAGUCAAAAAAGACUUUGAUCUCUCCGCAAGCUCAUGCCGCACCUCCAGCAGCGUUGCCUCCUAUUCUAAGGGAAGCCUUAAGAAGGAGGACAGUGUGUCUGAGAGCAGUUCUGAUGCUGGACUGGGCAGUGACCAUGAAAGUGAAACCACCACAAUAGAUAUCUCCCUCAUCUCCAACGUCAUUUUCAAGCACGUUCCUACAGCCAGACUGGUUGAAGACCUGGGUCAUGAGAUCACAUACGUUCUCCCCUAUGAGUAUGCCAAAGUCGGAGGGUUUGUGGAGCUUUUCCACGAGAUCGACGAUCGCCUGACCGACCUCGGCAUUUCUAGCUAUGGCAUCUCUGACACGACUCUAGAGGAGAUCUUCCUCAAAGUCGCAGAGGACAACGGGGUGGAUGCUGAAAUGUCAGAUGGGAUUCUGCCCGCUCGCAGGCACCGCAGGCACGCUUUCGGUGACCAUCAGAGCUGUUUGAAGCCGUUUACUGAAGAUGACUUUGAUUUCAAUGACUCCGAAGGUGAUCCAGAAUCACGGGAGACGGACUGGUUGGGCGGUGCUGACGGUAAGGGAUCGUACCAGGUCAAGGGCUGGAGUCUGAAGAGACAGCAGUUUGUGGCUUUGCUCUGGAAGCGAUUCCUCUACGCCCGACGUUCCCGGAAAGGUUUCUUCGCUCAGAUCGUUCUGCCGGCUGUUUUCGUGUGCAUCGCCCUGGUCUUCAGUCUCAUCGUACCUCCCUUUGGAAAGUAUCCGAGCCUCGCUCUAAAACCCAACAUGUAUGAGGAGCAGUUCACCUUUAUCAGCAAUGAUGCACCAGAAGACGGACACACAAACAGGUUACUUGAAGCUCUUACAGACAAUCCGGUUUACACUGAAAAAUGCUCAGGGAAACAGAAAGCGAUUGGCACUUCGUGUCCGAUCGAAGAUGGAAAAUGGGUGACUCCAGAGGUUCCAGAAAGCGUUCGGGAUGUGUUCCUGAAAGGAAACUGGAGCAUGGAAAACCCAUCGCCUCUGUGCGAGUGCAGCUGUGAGGGACGGAAAAAGAUGCUUCCGGAAUGCCCACCGGCAGCAGGUGGUCUACCUCCACCUCAGAUUAAAGUCACCACUACUGAAACCUUACAGAAUCUGACAGGCAGAAAUAUCUCAGAUUAUUUGGUGAAAACAUACGCUCAGAUUAUCGGCAAAAGCUUGAAAAACAAACUCUGGGUCAACGAAUUCAGGUACGGUGGAUUCUCGUUGGGUGCUAGAAGCUCACAGGCCCUCCCUCCUCCCGAUGAGAUCAAUGAUGCAAUCUCUCAUAUUCGCAACCGCUUCAGUCUAAAAGCGGGAACUGCAGCCGAUCGCUUUCUGGCAGGCCUGUCGUCAUUUAUCCGAGGUCUCGACACCAAGAACAAUGUAAAGAUCUGGUUUAAUAACAAGGGCUGGCACAGUAUCGGAGCGUUCCUCAAUGUCAUGAACAAUGCCGUCCUGCGUGCCAAUAUGCCUGCCGGCCCCGAGAGUUCAAAGUUCAGCAUCAAUGUGUUCAACCACCCGCUCAAUCUGACCAAAGAGCAGCUAUCACAAGUGGCCCUAAUGACAACCUCAGUGGACGUGCUGGUGUCCAUCUGCGUCAUCUUUGCCAUGUCCUUCGUCCCGGCCAGUUUUGUGGUCUUCCUCAUCCAGGAGAGGGUGAAUAAAGCCAAACACAUGCAGUUUAUCAGCGGAGUCCAGCCCUUACUAUACUGGCUGGCCAACUUUAUGUGGGAUAUGUGCAACUACAUUGUCCCAGCGACGUUGGUCAUCAUCAUCUUCGUCUGUUUUCAGCAGGAAGCCUACGUCUCUUCCACCAACCUCCCUGUUCUCGCUCUAUUAUUGUUGCUAUAUGGGUGGUCCAUAACGCCCCUGAUGUACCCGGCGUCAUUCUUCUUUAAAAUCCCAAGUACAGCGUAUGUGGUAUUGACGAGCGUCAACAUCCUCAUUGGGAUUAAUGGAAGUGUGUCCACAUUUGUCCUGGAGCUUUUUGGCAGCAAUGAGAUUGGCGGCAUCAACAACAUCUUGAAGAACGUGUUCCUGAUCUUCCCUCACUUCUGUCUGGGCAGAGGUCUCAUUGACAUGGUGAAGAAUCAAGCGAUGGCUGAUGCUCUGGAGAGAUUCGGCGAGAAUCGAUUCCGGUCUCCUCUAGCGUGGGAUAUGGUGGGCAAAAAUCUCUUUGCCAUGGCUGUGGAAGGCGUGGUUUUCUUUACUAUCACCGUUCUUAUCCAGUACCGUUUCUGCAUCAAAGCCAGAUCGGUUAGCACUAAACUCCAGCCAAUAGGAGAGGAGGAUGAAGACGUGGCCAGAGAGAGGCAAAGGAUUUUGGGAGGAGGUGGACAGACGGACAUCCUUGAACUCAAACAGCUCACAAAGGUGUAUAAGAGAAAACAGAAACCAGCUGUAGACCGACUGUGUGUGGGCAUCCCGCCAGGAGAGUGUUUCGGUUUACUCGGUGUGAACGGUGCUGGGAAGACGAGCACAUUCAAGAUGCUCACUGGAGAUUCUGUGGUCACUAGCGGAGAGGCUUACUUAGCAGGCAAGAGCGUGUUAACAGAAAUCAAUGAAGUCCAUCAGAACAUGGGAUACUGUCCGCAAUUUGAUGCCAUCAAUGACCUGCUGACCGGCCGGGAGCAUCUGGAGUUUUACGCCAUUCUGCGGGGCGUCCCGGAGAAAGAAGUGUGCGAGGUGGCAGACUGGGGAAUCCGUAAACUGGGACUGAUUAAAUAUGUCGACAAGCCAGCGGGAAGCUACAGCGGAGGAAAUAUGCGAAAACUCUCCACCGCCAUGGCGCUCAUUGGUUGCCCACCUGUGGUUUUCCUGGACGAACCCACCACUGGGAUGGACCCCAAAGCCAGACGGGCCCUGUGGAACUGCAUCCUCAGCAUCAUUAAAGAGGGACGCUCUGUCCUUCUGACAUCACACAGUAUGGAGGAGUGUGAGGCUCUCUGCACUCGUAUGGCCAUCAUGGUCAACGGCAGGUUUCGCUGUCUGGGCAGCGUGCAGCACUUAAAAAACAGGUUCGGUGACGGGUACACCAUCAUCCUGCGGGUGGCCGGUUCCGAUCCGCAGCUGGAGCCGGUGAUGGAGUUCAUCGAGCGGGAGCUGCCGGGCAGCAACCUUAAAGAGAAACACAGAAACAUGCUGCAGUACCAGCUGCCAUCCUCCCUUACCUCCCUCGCUCGCAUCUUCAACAUCCUCACCAAGAACAAAGAGCAACUACACAUCGAGGAUUACUCCGUCUCACAGACCACCUUAGACCAAGUAUUUGUUAAUUUUGCCAAGGACCAAAGUGACGAGGACCACUUAAAGGACAUUUCCAUUAACAAAGGCGAUGCCGUGGUGGACAUUUCUCAACUGAACGCCUUCCUCACAGACGAGAAGGCCAAAGAGACUGUGGUGUGAUCCACCGUGACUGCCAUUCAUGGUUACAUUUUUUGUAUUUCAGUGUGUGUUGCCCGCAUGAGGGUGUUGGACUUUAACCCACUACUGAAAGAUACCAAUGCAAAUCAAUGCAAAAGAAUCAAAAGGAGUCAAAUAUACUGAAGACGCUGAGCCUGGCGCUCACCGCUAACUCUCAGUGUUUGUGAAACUUGAAGCCGUUCGCUCCACUAGCGUUAAAUGUUUGAUUGACGAGACCUGUACGAAGAUCAAAUACAUCAAUCAGACACUGCCAACGAGAUGUCUAAUUCAGGGCCGACGUUCAUCUCUUUAUUUAGCGCAGGCUUAAAACUUUAAACUUUUUGGAGUUUUCUUUGUACUUUAUUUUUACAUAUGCAUUUAAAGCUAUACUCAUAUGAUAUUUUGGAAAAAUGUUGUGCAAUGUUUCACUAUUGUAUUGAAAGUGUUGUGCCUUGAAUCAACACUCCGCUAAUGGACGAAACACGAUACCAGCUAUUACUAGACGUAAAACAGAUUUUACGAAACCCGAACAGAUGGCUGGUCCUUAAGCGCACACUGUCCUCGGACCUACGGUGGGAUUUACAUCUACUGUUAAGACAGGGCCUGAAAACGGUUGCACCGAUGUCGCUUUUUACGUAGUGAAUUUGAUUUAUUGCAUGCUUUACGUGAAUUUCACGUUUAGGACAACGAUGUGAACUACAGCAUGUCUUCUGUCCUGUUCCAAGAGCCAUUCUAGCUUUGUUGUCUGAAGUAUUUCCAUGUGGGUAUCAACGUGUGUGUUUACUCAUGUGAACAUUUAGGAGGGUCUUGGUGGGAUUUUACUGGGAGAUUCAUGGUUGUUGCGUAAAAGUAUUCAGUAAACCAAUAAUACAUACUGGCAGUUACCUGUGGAACUGUACUGCAGCUAUAAUGUCCGUGCCAAACCGGGGCAAUGGGUUUCAAAUCUUCUUCAGGAUCUUUUUAUUAAACGUACAUUUAUGGGUCUGGUACAGAGUUGUUAACUUAGAAUGUGCCUCCUUAUUUUGUUAACGCUUAGUUAAAAUUGUUACCACAGCCAUUUCAACCCAUGGCACCUUUGUUAUCCUAUAGUUCGAAGUGACCAAAAGUAAUGAGGUGCUACAUAUAGAUUGUUUUCCAGAUCCAUGAGGUGCUUUUAGUCAAACACCCUCGAAAAGUCAAGCAACAAUCCCUGAUGCACAUUGGACGAUAUGAAAGUAAAAAAUAGUAUUGUCUUUGGUCCAAAACUAAAGCACUUUAUAAUCUACAAUGGUCUUGACAUUCACACUUUUCAUAAAUGAGACAAUUGUGUGUUUAACGAAAGACAUUACUAGACAUUAAUAUUGGAUGUCCCACGUGGCCAUUAUUUUCUGUGUUACAAUGUAUGUGUUUACAAUUUAAAUAAUAAAAGCUAUUUCAGUCAA